AAAUGAGGAGGAGGAGUAGAAGUAGGGGAGGAGGAGUCUGUUUGUUGACAUCGGACGAAAGCGAAAAUCAGAUGAGUGAAGACUGGGGAUAAUACAUCAAUUUCUCGCCGUCAUUAAUACACGUACCCUUGGCGAAAGCUAAGGUUCCCUGCACUGCCCCAUCUUUGAUUUGAGCCAGAGAAGAAGAGGCUAACAUGGCAGCCAAAGCAGGAGACAACCCUGACAGCCUCAUGACUCUGGCUACAGUCUUCUGCCUGAGGAAUCUCAGGAAGACCAUGUGCUACCAGGGAUUCAGGAACAAGCUCUGCCUCCGCUCAGACAUCUUUCUUCCUAGUGAAAUCUGUGACAAGUUGGUCAACACAUAUAUGGAGUUGGUCCACACAGACAGUAACUUUGAACCAGAGGAGAGUUUCUUCCAACUAUUUUCAGACCCUCGAAGCACCAGACUGACUAGGGUACAGCUGAGAGAAGACUUUGUACGUGACAGAGAUCUGGAGGCCAUCCGAAAACAGGAUCUGAUUGAGCUCCACCUCACCUACUGCAACAGCCUGUCAUCCCGCAGCUUGAAAACACUGACCUGCUUCCGUGAGACUUUGGUCUCUCUUUGUCUCUUUGGCUGCAACCACAUCUUCUACAGGAAGGGCGGCGCCCCACUCGCCUGUAAUGAAGACACAGAGGACGAGGAAGAGGAGAGCCCUGCUUCUAGGCAAGCGUUGGAGAUGGACUUUAAUUUCCAGGGCUUUAACCGCCUCAGGUUGCUCAACCUGGGUGGACUACCUGAUGAGAUGGAUGCUGAGACCCUCCUCAAACCCCUGAAGUCACUCACCUCACUAGACCUGUCUAAUGUACAGUUGCUUGGAACAGCUUUUUUCACUCAGUGGAAAGACAGACUGGCUUCUCUAGUUCUCUACAAUGUGGACCUGUCAGAGGAGUUGGUCAGUACAGUGGUGGAGCUGAUUAAUCUCAGGCAUCUUGACAUCUCGCGGGAGAGCAGGCGGACUUCAAAGUUUAAGAUGACCAGGAAGAUUCUGACAGCCAUCGUACAGCGUCUGAUCAAUCUGGUGUCUCUGGACAUCUCAGGUCACAUUAUGCUGGACAACUGCACAGUUCCACAUUUUGAAGAAGCAAUGGGGCGUCCAAGCACUGAACCAUGUAAGAGCAGCAUCUAUCCUUUCCAGGAGCUGAAGAGGCCUCUGCAGUUUCUUGGCUUGUAUGACACCACCCUCUGUAAUGUGACACACAUCCCUGCUUACAAGGUGACUGGAUCAAAAAAUGAAGACCAGGUUCUGAAUGCCAUCGAAGCUUACACAGAGUUUCGUCCUGAGCUGGCCCACAGAGCCAUCAAUCAGCUGUUUGAUAUUGCCAGAAUACAACACUGUAGCCAGCUGCUCCGGGCUUUGCAACUUGUCAUAGCAGCGCUAAAGUGCCAUAAGUAUGAUAAGAGCAUCCAGGUGACAGGCAGCGCUGCUCUGUUCUACCUGACCAACACAGAGUACCGCAGUGACCAGAGUGUGCGGUUACGUCGGGAGGUUAUUCAAGUGGUACUGAAUGGAAUGGAGCAGUACCAGGAGGUCACUGUUCAGAGGAACUGCUGCUUGACUUUGUGUAACUUCAGCAUUCCAGAGGAGCUGGAGUUCCAGUACAGUCGAGUCAACCAGCUGCUGCUGAAAAUCCUGGAGCCAGCCCGGCAGGAUGAGUCUAUCCAGAGAAUCGCUGUUCACCUUUGUAAUGCUUUGGUCUGCCAGGUGGACAACCAUCACAAGGAAGCUGUGGGAAAGAUGGGAUUUGUCAAGACAAUGCUGAAUUUAAUUCAGAAGAAGCUACAGGACAGAAUGUGUGACCAGGUGAUGGAGUUUUCCUGGAGCGCCCUGUGGAACAUCACUGAUGAAACACCUGACAACUGUCAGAUGUUCCUCAAUUGUCGGGGCAUGAGUCUCUUUCUGGAGUGUCUACAGGAAUUUCCAGACAAGCAGGAGCUUCACCGCAACAUGUUGGGUCUGUUGGGAAAUGUUGCUGAAGUCAAAGCUCUGAGGCCACAGCUGCUCACCCCACAGUUCAUCACUGUAUUCAGUAACCUCCUGGAUAGCAAGGCAGAUGGGAUUGAAGUGUCAUACAACGCAUGCGGCGUGCUUUCUCACAUUAUGUUUGAUGGGUCAGAAGUUUGGUCGAUGGAAGAGCCACGAAGAGACACAGUAAUGGACAAAAUGUGGGAUGCGAUCCAGAGCUGGGAUGUCAGCUCACGCCGCAACAUCAACUACAGGUCAUUUGAGCCCAUCCUGCGACUGCUUCCCCAAAGCAUUUCCCCUGUCAGUCAGCACUGGGCCACAUGGGCUCUCUACAACCUGGUGUCAGUUUACCCAAGCAAGUAUUGUCCUCUGUUGAUAAAGGAAGGAGGAAUAAGUCUUCUGGAGAAAGUCCUGGAGCUGGAAAGCUCACAGCCAGAGACUAAGGACAUGGCCAGGAAAGUCAUGGAGCAGUGUGAAAACUUCAAAGAAGACCCCAUGGAAACAAAUCACGGACAGGAGGUAAACUAUGGACAAAGAGGUUGACACCACAGGAGCCAUUAUUCCCAGUAAACAUCGAGCAAACCAACCUAAAGCACCUCCUACAAUCAUCACCACAAGGUUCAGUUGUGUGCAUUGUUGUUAUUCUUGUCAUUCUUCUUAUUUUGUAGAGCAGAACUGUGUCUCUGACCCUCUUCACAGCAGUUUGGACAAAAACGUAAUAUAUGACACAGGAGUUAAAAUGUGGUGCAUGGUGUUUUGUUGUGAGGGUGCUUACUUUUGCUGCACUUAAACAUCACUUCAGUGGGGACAGUGAUGUGGGACAGUGUGACUGUUAUCUUUCAGUGUGUGCGCGUGUAUGUGUGUGUCAAAGAUUUAUCAACAGAACAAAACAGUUGGAGUGACUCCUGGCUCUCAGUGGAUGGAAACAAAAACCCUCCCCAGCUCACUGCUGUUAACUGUGUAACAUUGAACAAAAGGCGACAGGCCGCGCAGUGUCCUGCAGCACCAUCAGAGAUGUCAGCCCUCACUGUGCUCUCUCACACUUGUUCAUGCUGGUGGCGGCCACGGAGCUGUGGACACAUGUACAGUGAAUAUUAGCCAUUAUGUGUGUAGGCUGCAGAGAAGCAUCACACUGAUGUUGACGGGAGGAAAGUCUUCCCAGAUCAUGUGGCACAAUGGUGGACUUCUUUGUUAUAUAUGUAAAUAUUCUCUGUGUGUCUCAUCCUCUUUUACUGUAUGUUUUAUAUUAUAUUAUAACUGUAAACACUCAUGACUUUACCUGUAUUUAAAUUUGUUUAGGUUUCACUGAUGUACGGUCAGUGCUAAGAAACUAUAUACAGAAUACCCAAUCAUUCAAGUGUAGUCCAGGAGUCCUGAAGGGUCAGUUGGAUGCAGUUCAACCUUGCUUCUAUUUCUAAUUAUCUGGGACCUGUUGAUUCUUCUUACUGGAAGCAGAGGUGAGCUUUAAUAAUGAGGAUGGUGAAGUCACCUAAUGCACAUACACUUUAUGGUCGAAAGUAUGAAAAUGAGACCUGUAAAGAGAAAGUUUCGUAAGUUUGUUGUGGAGCAACUUGGUUGCCCUUGAGAGCUGAUGUGGUUGAAGUAGAGUGACAUCUGUGACACAGACCUUAUCAUCCGAGAUGGAUCUGAGGACUCCACUUGUGGCUGAAUGGAAGCAAAGCCAGGCUCAUCAUUUCAUAGAAAGACUGAAACCAGAACAGCGAAGGCUAUUAAAUCAGAAGUUUUUUUCCCCUUUUUCUGACAGAUAUGGCAAUUUAAUCUGCAAUAUAUAGUUUUUACAUCCUGCUUCAGUUCAAUAUUCACUAUAUAAUAGGUCUGAAACAUAUGAUAGCAUUACCACAAUGAAAGUAUCACAAAAGGAGGAAAGCAAGAAUUUGUAAAACCACUAACACAACAGUAACAGUUUAAACCCUUACUCAAUCACGCUAUGUAACAUAUAUCCUAAAUUGCAGCCUGUAUGUUUUACUAAUUGCGUUGUUUGAAAUUGCAAUUGAAGUUUGUUCAGCCAAUGACCUCUUAAGCUAUACAUAUGGGUAUUACAUUCAAAGAGUGUUGCACUCCUAGAGCAUUGUCAGACUCAUGGUGAACAGUUUAAAAAAAUGGAUGAAAUACGUGGCAGAUAGAUGUCUUUACUUCUCACACUUGCAUCCAGCCCCCACUGACACUCGGAGGAUCAUAGAUUGAGUACAUGCUUCAAACUUUCCACAGCUGCCACUGCAGGCACUAAAGGGGUAAUACAAUUUUUUUCUUUACAUGUGCAGAGAUACUUCCUAAAACCUGGAAAUACUCUUCAGGUGUCCACAGACUUUGUUUAGAUGUGCACAUAAUUUUUGAUACUUAUUGGUGGAUUUUGGACAGUUGAAUUACUGGUGUUAUCACAAGUUGUCAUCAGAGUAGAGAUUGUGCUCUCUUUUUGAUGAUUUAAAAAGGAGGAGGACAGGACUUCAGUGUUUUGUCCUGAAGCUCAACAGUGCUUCCAGUGGUCAUGUGUGAUUCCAGAUAAUCAAAAGGGCAAGGUUGAAUAAAGAAAUUAUCGUUUAACACCUGAUGGCCCAUGAUAUUUACUGGGUUGGUCAACUUGCUGCUAAAGUAACUGCUUCAUUCAAAUCAAACACUUUUCUUUUGAGAAGCUAAUGGGAGAUGAAUAAAACAGUGUGUUCGCAUGUGUGUUUUAACACUGAAAGUGGGAUGAUCCAUUCAUUAAAUGAUAUUACGCUCCCUCAAAAAAGGGAGGGAAGGUGGGAUGGCAGGCCAACCAAGACUGUGAGAACAGAAGAAUCCAGUUUUAAAGACGCUUCUACUCAGCAAGAAUUCAGUUUCUUUUUGAAUUAUCACAGCUCUCCCCCUCACCAUAAACAAGAACCAAAGGCCGAUUCAUUUAUUUUUUGCUCUGUAUGCUGUUGUCUUUAAAGCUGCCCUGUGGAUUUUCCUCACGUUUCUCACCAAAAUAUCUUGUUUGUAUCUCUUGAGGUCUAUCAAACUUGUUGAAUGCAUCCUUUCCCCAAAAAAUUUUAAAAGCAGAUUUAAAAAGAAAAAAGAAAAAAAGAUUUUUGCAACCUACACACGUUUGCUAGCUCACUUUCAUCUUGCUGUGCCUGCUGAACUAUCUGCAAAUAUUUAAUGCUACGACUAGUGCACCUGUAUGUGAGCUAAAGUUAUAAACUGAACACGAACCCACUAUUUGCACCAUUGGCUCCAUGGCCCUAGUCGUGGUUGCAACAUCCACAGGGUAUCUUUAAGAUAACUCUACCACGUUCCUUCACUGGCAUUUUCCAAAGAUCAUUGAAGAAAUUUCCUUUAAUGGCAUUCCCAAUCUCUGUCCCACUUUACAAAGAGUAUUCAUGGUUAUUAAAGGCAGUGUCUCACAUUCAGAACUUACCAGUGUCUUGGAGAUCUCAGCAGUAGCAGUCUGGAUCGAGAACAUUUGCGUUCUCCUUAGUGAGGAGAGUAUUUCCUAAGGCAUGAAAAUGAACAGCAUUUUACUGUCUUUACUACCUUGCCUUAAUGAUUUAGUUACAACCUGUUUUUCUUGUUUAGUUCGAAGGUACGACAGCAACAUUAGAUUUGAAUUCCGUUGAUUAUCAUUUGGCAUACAAAAAGGUAUGACCGGCAGAUCUGGCGAUAUUGCUAUAUGCUGUCAUCAGAGUGGCCUUUAUAGCCUUCCAGUUUAUUUCAACCUGGCGUAUUUUGAAAUAGUGUGUCCAUUGUGUCUCUAUAGGUCUUGGUAACUUUGUCUCCACCUCUGUUGUAAAGAUUCAGAGAAGCAAGGAGCUGCACAAAACAGUGUAUAUUCGGCUAUAAAUUACAAGUUUUGUGCAACUUUCCAAACAUUUUUACAUGUAUCAUUUCAAAAAUUGUUUUCUGUUUCCAAGUAAACACAGUGUUUUAGUGUAGAGCAGACAUUUAGCUAACUGCACCGGGGAUCUGUGCAACUUGCUGCCAGACAUAUUCAUCCAUGCACACUGGGUUGAAAUAUACUAGAAUUAUUCUCUAACUGGUGUCCAUAGACAAACCCUAACCCUACAGAGCUUAGACUCAACAGUCAUGCAGCAUAAAUAGAUUCUUGGUAUAAUAAAUCAGUUUUGGCUUGUUUUUCAUUCAAGUUUCAUCAUCUUAUUGUAUUAGUGGACAGAAAAAUGGACAAACCUUGGAAAAUUUAAAGCUGUUGUAAAAUGUAUAUACAUUUAUAAUUUAAAAUAGAGAUGAAUUCCUCUGAUGGAAAAGACCGAUUUAAUGUUUUGGUAUGUUAGGUAGGGCUGAAAUAAACAGAUAUUUUCAUUAUUGAUUUAUAUAUUAUUACACAUUUUGAUAGAUUGUGUCUAAAGAUGGACAACAUGACAGCUUUUCCGAAAUGAAACCUAAAUAUCUUGGAAAAUGGAAACAGCAGAAUCUGUGUAGUAGUGACAAUGGGGGGGGGGUGCUUAUGUUGUCAUGCCUCCUGCCUUGCUCACAUGCAACCAGGGGAAGAACACAGGGUAGAACCACACCUUGCUGGAGGGAUUAUAUAUCUUAUCUGGCCAGGGAUGUCUCGGCAUCCCCCACAAGGAACUGGAGAACAUUACUGGAAGAGGGACUUGUAGGAGUUCAAAGUGCUGCUUCCACGGCCUGACCCAGGAUAAGCAGAAGAUGUCUUUCCACCAUGGUCAUUACUGUACUGAAUAUGCAAAUACAGUCAGCAGUGUAAGAUGGGAGUCUCAAUUUCUACAAUCUUUUGACCUCACUGUUGUACGAUGCGACAAGAUGGUGUGUUGUCCAUCUUUAUAUACAGUCUACGAUUCUUUCAUUUAGUUGAUUGUUUAGUGUCAGAAAUGACCUCAAACCAAGGUGAUUUUGUAUAACAGUCCAAAUUACAAACUGUUGCUGUGUACAAUUUAGCAAACCAGAGGGUCAUAAACCAAAUUAAUGAUGAUUAAAUAACUAGUGAUUAAAGUUACUACAAAAUAAAUUUUCUCUCAGUGAACGCCUGAGCACCGUUUCCUUAGGUCUGUCUUUAAAUACAUGAGUGGUCUGUUCUCAUGUUGGUUUAUUCUCAUAAUGUUACACUUUAAUUAAUAACCUGAAUGUGUUUGAAAGGUUUAAUGUCUACCUUUACCUGCUUGUAAUGAAUAGAUGGUGGUUUGGAGCACAUAGCUUUUCACCCACAUCAGUUUCAUUCCUGAUGCAGGGAUUCCUGGGACCUUACACAUCAGGCCAGUGAAGGAACAGACAUCAGCAGCCAUACUGUUUCUCCCUCCCUGUAAAGUGUGUUGGUUUAGGUGAACCAGAUCAGACGUAAUUGCACAGCGAUUUCUGCUAUGUGGCACCACAGUGUGUGGAGCUUGAGCUGGUUCAGGAUCUGCUUUGGCACACUGUGUCUCCUACAUGAAUAAGUUGAUGAGUGAUGCCUAACUCAUGUUGUUAAGCUACUUCAUAUCAGUUGUGUUGGUUUUACCCCACUGACUUGAUGUCCCGGUUCUCAUGUACAGUUUUUCUUUGUGUGAUUUAUGUGAUCUGAUUGGUACAGGUCUGUUUUUGUUGCUUUUCACGAUGGAAAUUAACGUUUCCUCCAGUGUAGACAGUGGUGUGAGGUGACAAGCUUUAUUAGACAUUCGUUCAAUUUCUCCAUCUGGAAUUCAAAUGUGUGCAUAUACAAUAUGAAGAGAAGAAUUAACCAGGAUUUUGCAUAUGAUCAAAACUAAAUCUGUUGUGAAUUUUUACUUCUUAAGAAUUGCACAGUGUUUGAUUAAUGAUCCUCUCUAGGUAAAGUAGAUGAUCUGCUGGACAUUUUCAAUCACCUGUUCUGUCUGAUUUGAAAACAUUGGAUGUUUCAGUUUGUGCUUUCCGGGGAGACAUUAUGUGUAGAGCUGAGAAGAAAAUAUUAGUCCUUGGGGUUGCCUGUUCCUGAUUAUUUAUGAAGAUGUGUGUACUGAAAAUAGAGAAAAAAAAGGUUCAGAUGAAAUAUUGUUAAAGGAGAACUGCUGUGUCACAACUUUCAAAUUUCGUAUUUUAAUUUCACAGUGUUUCUCGAGUCUGUCGAUACUCUGUUAUUGGUUUCUUUUGUAACAUCUGAUAAGUUUAAUCCAAAAUGGGGUGAAGAACAUUGGAUCCAAACAGUAGGGAGUUCCACUAUUUCUUGAUCUCUAUAGCUCCAGGACAUUAGUGUAAAAAUCUGAGUAAGCAAUAAAGAUGGAGUGGUUAAAAACA